AUGGCCUACCGCUACAUAACCCAAGCCGUCAUCGUCGGCACGCGCGUCAUCGGCCGCGCCUUCGCCGAAGCGUACAAGCAAGCGUCGGCAUCGAGCCAGUACCAACGGGCGCAGGCCAAGAACGGCGGCGGCGGCGUGUCGGGGCGGGCGAGCUUGAACACUGGCAUGACGCUGGACGAGGCGUGCAAGAUUCUCAAUGUGAAGCCGCCGCAGAACGGCAAGGGCGACCUGGACGAGGUCAUGGAACGCUUCAAGCGCCUGUUUGACAAUAACGACCCCAAGAAGGGCGGUUCCUUUUACCUCCAGAGCAAGAUUCUGCGCGCGCGGGAGCGCCUCGAGGCCGAGAUAAAACCGGCCAUGGAGAAGGCGGCGCAGGAAGCGGAGGUGAAAGAGGGGUGGAAUCCGAAGCUCUAUAAGGAUAGGUAG